GGAAAAUACGCGCAGCUUUUGAGGAGACUCGACGAGGACGCGCCGGAGGAUCGCGGUGCUGCUGUGAAUGGGCAGAGGGGAGCCACGCUCUGCGGCUGUGCAGGUGAGCAUCAGCAUCCGGAUCUAAAGCUCUCCCGUUCGCUCGCUCACCCACCUGCAUGAUGGCGGGGGCUUCGGUGAAGGUGGCCGUCAGGGUGAGACCCUUCAACUCCAGGGAGAUCGGGAAAGAGAGCAAGUGCAUCAUUCAGAUGUCAGGAAACACCACGACAAUCCUGAAUCCCAAACAGCCGAAAGAAAACAAGAGCUUCAACUUUGACUUUUCGUACUGGUCACACACCACGCCUGAGGACAUCAACUAUGCGUCCCAGAUGCAGGUCUACAGGGACAUCGGCGAGGAGAUGCUGCUUCACGCCUUUGAAGGCUACAACGUUUGUAUAUUCGCUUACGGCCAGACGGGAGCCGGCAAAAGCUACACAAUGAUGGGGAGGCAGGAGAAAGACCAGCAGGGAAUCAUACCUCUGCUGUGCGAAGACCUUUUCACCAAAAUCAACGACAGCAAUAAUGACAACAGCAUGUCUUACUCAGUGGAGGUGAGCUACAUGGAGAUCUACUGCGAACGCGUGCGGGAUCUGCUGAACCCGAAAAACAAAGGGAACCUGCGUGUCCGCGAGCACCCUCUGAUGGGGCCCUACGUGGAGGAUCUGUCCAAACUGGCCGUCACCUCCUACAACGACAUCCAGGACCUGAUGGACUCUGGAAACAAGGCCAGGACUGUGGCUGCCACCAACAUGAACGAGACCAGCAGCCGCUCGCACGCCGUCUUCAACAUCAUCUUCACUCAGAAGAAACACGACAUGGAGACCGACAACACUUCAGAGAAGGUCAGUAAGAUCAGCCUGGUGGAUCUGGCUGGAAGCGAGAGAGCCGACUCAACCGGAGCUAAAGGAACCAGACUGAAGGAAGGAGCAAACAUCAACAAAUCUCUGACCACACUGGGAAAAGUCAUUUCUGCUCUUGCAGAACUGGACUCAGCACCGAACAAGAACAAGAAGAAGAAGAAGGUGGAGAGUUUCAUUCCCUACAGAGAUUCAGUCCUGACAUGGCUGCUCAGAGAGAACUUAGGAGGAAACUCUCGCACAGCCAUGGUGGCUGCGCUCAGCCCUGCAGACAUCAACUACGACGAGACUCUCAGUACUCUCCGAUAUGCUGAUCGCGCCAAACAGAUCCGCUGCAACGCCGUGAUCAACGAGGAUCCCAACAACCGGCUGGUCCGAGAGCUGAAGGAGGAGGUGGCUCGCCUCAAAGACCUGCUGUAUGCACAGGGCCUGGGAGACAUCAUCGAGACAUAUCGCUGCACAGGCCCAGUCAUCGCUGGUUUGAAAUACCUGUGCGAUUACAAAAACUUUGUGAAUAAUCGCCAGGCUGUCAAUCAAAGGGGUGAUCUCUCCGCAGUGACCAAUGCCAUGACGGGGAUGAGUCCCUCCCCGUCGCUCUCGGCCCUGUCGAGCCGCGCCGGCUCCAUCACCAACCUCCACGAUCGCAUUUUCAGCCCGGCGAGCGAGGAGGCCAUCGAGAGGCUCAAGGAAACAGAGAAAAUCAUCGCAGAGCUCAACGAGACGUGGGAGGAGAAGCUGCGUCGUACCGAGGCCAUCCGCAUGGAGAGAGAGGCCCUGCUGGCUGAAAUGGGCGUGGCCAUGAGGGAAGAUGGAGGCACCGUCGGCGUCUUCUCCCCCAAAAAGACCCCUCAUCUGGUGAACCUGAACGAGGACCCGCUGAUGUCCGAGUGUCUGCUGUACUACAUCAAAGACGGCACCACCAAGGUCGGCCGAGAAAAUGCCAAGACACGUCAAGACAUCGUCCUCAGCGGACAUUUCAUCAAAGACGAGCACUGCACGUUCAGCAGCACCACCGGCCCUCAAGGAGAAGGAUGCGUUGUCCUUGAACCGUGUGAGGGAGCUGAAACAUACGUCAACGGGAAGAGAGUCACCUCUCCCAUCAUUCUGCGGUCUGGUAACCGCAUCAUAAUGGGCAAGAGCCACGUUUUCCGCUUCAACGACCCAGAGCAGGCCCGUCUGGAGCGGGAGCGGACGCCGUGCGCCGAGACGCCGGUGGAGCCCGUGGACUGGGCCUUCGCUCAGAGAGAGCUGCUGGAGAAGCAAGGCAUCGAUAUGAAGCAGGAGAUGGAGCAGAGGCUUCAGGAGCUCGAGGAUCAAUACCGCAAAGAAAGAGAAGAAGCCAGUAACCUCCUGGAGCAGCAGAGGCUGGACUACGAGAGCAAACUGGAGGCUCUUCAGAAACAAGUCGACUCUCGGUAUCUGGAGUCACCCGAGGAGGAGGAGGAGCCUGAAGAAGAAGUGCCGUGGACGAAGCGCGAGACGGAGCUGGCGCUGUGGGCGUUCAGGAAGUGGCGUUUCUACCAGUUCACGUCCCUCAGAGAUCUGCUGUGGGGCAACGCCAUCUUCCUCAAAGAGGCCAACGCCAUCAGUGUGGAGCUGAAGAAGAAGGUGCAGUUUCAGUUCGUCCUGCUGACAGACACGCUCUACUCGCCGCUGCCUCCGGACCUGCUGCCUCCCAGCGUGGCCAAAGAGCGAGAGAGGCGACCUUUCCCUCGAACCAUAGUCGCCGUUGAGGUUCAGGAUCAAAAGAAUGGAGCCACACAUUACUGGACUCUGGAAAAGCUCAGACAGAGGCUUGACUUGAUGAGAGAGAUGUACGACCGAGCCGCGGAGCUGCCCAGCAGCGCUGUGGAGGACUGUGACCACGCCCUGACCGGAGGCGACCCCUUCUACGACCGCUUCCCCUGGUUCCGCCUGGUCGGCAGGGCUUUUGUGUACCUCAGUAACCUGCUGUACCCGGUGCCCCUGGUGCACCGCGUGGCCAUCGUCAGCGAGAAAGGAGAAGUGAAAGGUUUCCUCCGAGUGGCUGUGCAGGCCAUCUCAGCUGACGAAGAGGCUCCGGAUUACGGCUCUGGUGUGAGACAGUCCGGCACAGCCAAGAUCUCCUUUGAGGACAAACAGUUUGAAAAGUUUCAGACCGAGUCGUGUCCCGGUGGUUUGUCGCACUCCAACACCUCCCAGGAGGAGCUGCGGAUCGUGGAGGGAGAAGGACAAAACGCCGAGAUGGGAAUUUCUGCCGACGAAGUCAACAACAACACCUGUGCAGGUGAAUAUACGGCCACGCAGGAGGCUCCUCGCAGCCCAGUGAAGAGCUUAGGUCUGGGUUUGGAUCUCCCUCUGGACCUGUCCCCAGAGAAAGCUCUGUCCCACCUGAAGAUCGGCAGCACGUUCACCUUCAGGGUCACCGUCCUGCAGGCCUCCAGCAUCUCGGCAGAGUACGCCGACAUCUUCUGCCAGUUCAACUUCAUCCACCGUCACGACGAAGCUUUCUCCACCGAGCCGCUGAAGAACACCGGCAGAGGGCCUCCGCUGGGCUUCUAUCACGUGCAAAAUAUCACAGUGGAAGUGACCAAAUCCUUCAUGGAGUACAUCAAGACUCAGCCCAUCGUCUUCGAGGUGUUCGGACACUAUCAGAAACAGCCUUUCCCUCCGCUCUGCAAAGAUUUGAUCAGCCCUCUGAGACCCUCCAGGAGGCAAUUCCCUCGAGUAAUGCCCUUAUCCAAACCAGUGCCGGCCACAAAGCUCAGCACGCUGACUCGGACCACCGCCGGGCCGUGCCACGCCAAGUACGACCUCAUGGUCUUCUUUGAGAUCUGCGAGCUGGAGGCCAACGGAGAUUACAUCCCAGCUGUUGUGGACCACAGAGGUGGGAUGCCGUGUCAUGGGACAUUCCUCUUACAUCAGGGCAUUCAGAGGAGGAUCACAGUCACCAUCGCUCACGAAACAGGAAGUGACAUUGAGUGGAAGGAGGUGAAGGAGUUGGUGAUUGGUCGCAUUCGAAACACUCCGGAGGCGGACGAGACCAUCAUCGAUCCCAACAUCCUUUCCCUCAACAUCCUGUCUUCUGGAUACUUCUGGCCCAAACAUGACGACAACGUCUCCUUGGGAGUUGAUCAUAGGACCUUCUACCGGUUCGAGGCGGCGUGGGACAGCUCCAUGCACAACUCUCUGCUCCUCAACAGAGUCACUCCCUAUGGGGAGAAGAUUUACAUCACCCUCUCUGCUUAUCUGGAGAUGGAGAACUGUACUCAGCCAACAGUCAUUACCAAAGACUUCUGCAUGGUGUUUUACUCCCGUGACGCCAAGCUGCCGGCGUCGCGCUCCAUCAGGAACCUCUUCAGCACCGGCUGCCUCCGGCCCUCCGAGAGCAACCGCGUCACGGGGGUGUAUGAAAUCACCCUCUGCCACGUGGCCGACAACGGAAGUCCAGGCAUGCAGCGCCGUCGCAGGCGUGUGCUGGACACCUCGGUGGCGUACGUCAGAGGAGAGGAGAACCUGGCCGGGUGGAGGCCUCGCAGCGACAGCCUCAUCCUGGACCACCAGUGGGAACUGGAGAAACUCAGCUUACUGCAGGAGGUGGAGAAGACUCGGCACUACCUGCUGCUCAGGGAGAAGCUGGAGGCGACUCUGCAGGCGGGACAGGACGCGCUCUACAAGAGCAGCGACAUCAGCGACUUUGCAAAGAGUCCCGUCCUCAGCCACAGCCCCAGCCUCAGCAGCAGCCCGGCCCCCGACAGCCCCAGCAGCCCCAACAGCCCCAACCAGAGGCAACGGGAGCUGGCUGCCAAGUGUCUGCGUCUGCUGAUGCACACCUUCAACAGGGAGUACAGCCAGGUGAGCAGCAGUGCCAGUGAGAGCAAGCUUUCGGAGAUGUCUGCAUCGCUAAUGAGAGACACGUCCUCCUCUGGACUGAGCACGCUCACUCCGUCCUCGACCUGCCCCUCGCUGGUGGAGGGACACUUUGACAUGAGACACACUGAUCCCAGUUCUGGAGCCUCCACACCAGACCUGGACCCGUACAGCCCCGUGGACAGAAAGAAGGCUCUCAGAGGAUGCACCUUUGUUCCAGACAUACAGGAAAUCCGUGUCAGUCCCAUUGUGUCAAAGAAAGGCUACCUGCACUUCCUGGAGCCCCACACCAGCGGCUGGGUGAAGCGUUACGUGGUGGUGCGCCGGCCCUACGUCUACCUGUACCGCAGCGAGAGGGACAGCGUGGAGAGGGCCGUCAUCAACCUGUCAUCCGCCAAGGUGGAAUACAGCGAAGACAAGCACGCGUCCUCAGACUCCCAACACGUUUGCCGUGUGCACCGAGCAUCGUGGGAUCCUGCUGCAGGCCACCAACGACAAAGAGAUGCACGACUGGCUGUACGCCUUCAACCCGCUGUUAGCCGGCACCAUCAGGUCGAAGCUCUCCAGGAGAAAGUCGAUCCAGUCGGUGCCAUCUGCUCCGAGGAUGUGAGAGAAACGACAGCAGUACAAUCUAAAAAGCUCGGCUCAGCAUCCAGUCCUGACGAACCAACGCCGUAUAAGAAACUUAUACGUAGAACCAUUUAAGAACCCCUCUCCGUGACGACCAACCCAGUCCCCCCAAUAAAAACCUGCUCCAUCACUCUUCUAAACAGCCGUCCUCCCUGCUGGUUUUUGCAGUGACCAACCUCAGACCCUGCAUGGUGUGCUCCCCCCUGACAUACAGUACUAACCAUCCCAAACCUGUCAGUUAACUUACCUCUGCUGGGCGCUGGGACUCGCUGCCGUUAGUUUUCAUGUACAUGUAGAAAACUUGUCACCCGUAAGGUUACCAAGUAUCCUGUAAAAA